UUAACGUCUCCUAUCUCAUAUCCCUUUCAAUUCCUUUUCUCACCUUUUCCUUACUCCCUGCUGGAAUAGGUAAAUUCUAACUCCUUUUUGUCCUUUCAAUCUCUUCCAUGGCUUUCGCUCACUCUCGAUUCCCAGUGAAUUCGUAGUAUUAAGUUCUUCCAUUCAUGCAGAUUUUCCGCUCCAAUUUGGGUAUGUUCAAAAUUUGAUCUAAAUCAUCCUAUUUCAUCACCAAUUUUUCUCAAAUUAUAUGAGUAUGUUCUUAAAUCCCAAUUUCUCUUCGAAAUUUUCGUCUCCAUUUUACUCUAAACCGAGUAGCAUUAACUAUGCGCAGUAUGUGUUUGAUAAAAUGCCUAGGAGAAACUUUAGAAUUCCCUCCUUUUUUUAGGGUUUAUAGUCAAGUAGUAAACUCACGAAGAAGUCGUACGAACUGUAAAGCUACCAUGAAUUUCAUCCUUCACCGAAUAAGUAAAAAACCGAAAUUAACAAAAUAUUCAGUUAAAUUUUUUUGCAAUGCAGUUACCUUUGAGCACCCAUCACUCUCUAAUGCAAGUAUUGAUGGCGAUAUAAACUAUAUGGCGCUUUAUCAGUUUUUUGUUUCUUUGAAUAAAUCAAUGGUAUUUUCAAUCAAGGAAGCGCAAAUUUUGCAUGCCCAUUUGAUCAAGUCAGCAAAUUUUCACGUUAAUACAUAUUUUUCGAAUUCUUUAGUUGAUUGGUAUAUGAAAUACUCUACAGUUGAUGAUGCAGUCCAAUUGUUUGAUGAAAUGUCUAACCCAAAUUCAAUUUCAUGGAAUGUUAUGAUUUCGGGUCAUAAUAAUAAGUUAUUGUAUGAUGAUGCUUGGAAGUAUUUUUGCCGUAUGAAAUCUAUGGGUUGUGAGAGUAGUCAGCAUACUUAUGGCAGUGUUAUCUCUGCUUGUAGUGGUUUAGGGUGUUUGUUGUAUGCUAAAAUGGUGUAUGCACUAACUUUGAAAGAUGGAUUCUUUUCCAAUGCCUAUGUUCGUUCCGGCUUGAUUAAUUUGUUUUCUAAAAAGGGUUGUGUUGAAGAUGCUUUGCAGUUGUUUUGUGAUUGGCCUUAUGAAGAAAAUGUAGUUUGUUGGAAUACCAUAAUAAAUGGGGCUGUCAGGAGCGGGGAUCAUGAAAAGGGUCUUGAGCUUUUUCAUGAAAUGCGUCAGUGUGCAGUGAUUCCCAAUGAUUUUACAUUCUCUAUUGCUUUAGGUGCUUGUAUUGCACUUAAAAGUAAUGAUAUGGGAAGGAGAAUUCAUGGUUUGGUGAUCAAACAUGGGAUAGGGAAAGACGUGUUUGUAGGGACAAAUAUUAGUGAUUUAUACUUCAAAUGUGGACAUAUGGAUGAAGCUAUCAAAAACUUCUUCAGAAUGCCUGUCCAAAACGUAGUUUCAUGGACAACUAUGAUUUCUGGUUUUGUGCAAAAGGGUGAUGUUGUUUCUGGUCUGAGGCUAUUUGGGGAAAUGAGAAAAGCUGGGGUCAAGGUGCACAAAUAUACUCUAACUUGCAUACUCAGUGCAUGUGCUAAGUCACACAUGCCUGAUGUGGCUAAGCAACUGCAUUCUUGGAUUUAUAAAAUAGGAUUGGCUACUGAUUCAGAUGUGGUAGCUUCUUUGAUCAGUACAUACUCCAAAGUUGGAGAAACACUUUUGCCUGAAUUAUUGUAUUUGGAACAGGAUAAAUAUGAAAAUGAAGGUGUUUUGAAUGCCAUGAUCUCUUCCUUUGCCCAAAGAAAGCAAUUCGAGAAAGCAAUUAACUUGUUUUGCAAAAUGUUAUUUAAUGGUCUGAAACCAAACAAGUUCGCCAUUUGUAGUAUUUUAAGCAUCAUUGACUCUCUAGACACAGGGAGACAGAUCCACUCUUACACCCUUAAAACUGGAUUAAUUUUUUAUCCUUCCGCUGGUUGCUCACUAUUUACUAUGUACUCAAAAUGUGGCCAAUUGCGUGAAUCUUGCGAUAUCUUCCAGCAGCUUCCUGAUAAAGACAUUGUUUCAUGGUCCUCAAUGAUUUCUGGUUUUGCUGAACAUGGAUAUGCAUGUGAAGCCAUCCAGUUGUUCAAAGAGAUGCUCUCUGCAAACAUCAGGCCUGAUCAAAUCACUCUCAUAGGAGUUCUGGGAGCUUGCUGUACGAAUGGUUUUCUGUUGACUGGUAAGGAAGUCCAUGGCUAUGCUUUCCGGGUAGGGUUCUGCAGACAGAGCUUGAUCGGAGGUGGGCUUGUAAGUAUGUAUUCAAAAUGUGAUGCUCUAGUUUUGGCUAGAAGGGUGUUUGACAUGAUUCCUCAUAAAGACCAAGUUAUGUGUUCUGCGUUAGUUUCAGGAUACACCCGUAUAGGAUGCAUUCAAGAAGCAUUGUUUAUACUCCAUGGAAUGCUUGCAGAUAAUCGUCAAGUUGACUCGUACUCAAUUUCAGCUAUUCUUGGUUCUGAUACUCUUUUAAAUAGGACUGACAUUGGGAUUCAAUUACAUUCUCUCAUUAUGAAAUUAGGGUUGGAGUCUGAUGUUUCUGUAGGUAGCUCACUGGUGACAAUGUACUCAAAAUGUGGUGCUUCAAAUGAUUGUCGUAAAGCUUUUGAUCAAAUAAUAAAUCCUGACUUGGUUAGUUGGACUACUUUGAUAAUGAGCUAUGCACAACAUGGAAAAGGUGCAGAGGCAUUAAAGGCUUAUGAAACUAUGAAACAUGUGGGCAUGAAACCUGAUGCUGUGACAUUUGUUGGGGUUUUAUCUGCGUGUAGUCAUGCUGGUUUGGUUGAAGAAGGUUAUUCUCAUCUGAGCUCCAUGUCCAAUGACUAUAGUAUUGAACCUCAGCUUCGUCAUUAUGCGUGCAUGGUUGAUAUACUUGGUCGCUCUGGAAGACUAAAAGAAGCAAAACAUUUUAUAGAUAACAUGCCUAUAAAGCCUAAUGCGUUGAUUUGGGGAACGCUGUUGUCUGCUUCCAAUGUACAUGGUGAUGUUGAACUUGGAAGACUAGCAGCCAAAAAAGUUUUUGAUUUGCAGCCAUCUGAUUGUGGUGCUUUUGUAUCUUUGUCAAACCUGUAUGCUGAUUCUGGGCAGUGGAAUGACGUGGAAGACAUUAGAGGUUUACUGAAGGAAACUAAGUUUGGAAAAGAACCUGGCUGGAGCCUUGUGUGAUUCGCGCGUCUACUCUUAGCUGUAUUAUCAACUGAACCCAGCAGGUUUAUUUUUCUACCUCAUUGUAAGUUGGCAAAACUUAUUUACACCAAUAUCUGCUGCUUGGGUUUGUCAUUUACCAAAAUGAUCAUACUGAACCCCAUUGUAUCCUGUUAACUUAAGACAUUGUGAUUCUUCAAAUAUAACUACUUUAAAAUCUCUCCAAGAUGCUUUCUGUUGUAACUUCUAAUGGAGAUUUUAUCAGAAGAUGAUGAUCAGUCAUGUGUCUGACUGUCUGUUGAGAUUCUGGGCAGUGGAAUGAUGUGGAAGACAUUAGAGCUUUACUGAAGGAAACUAAGUUUGGAAAAGAACCUGGCUGGAGCCUUGUGUGAUUCACGCUUCUACUCUUAGCUGUAUUAUCAUCUGAACCCAGCAGGUUUAUUUUUCUACCUCAUUUUGAUGGCUCUGGUACUCUUGAGGCAUACACUCUAUGUAACAAGUCCUGAUGGAGAGGAGGAUGAUGUCUCCACUUUGUUCUCUGUGAGUAAUGCUAAUAGUUUGUUCAUUUUCCGUCUUUUUUCUGCUUAAGUUGUCAACUGAUUGCGUGUUUGCAGCUUUUCUUGCUUCGUGCUGCUGGGUUUCUUCAUCCAUGCUACAUAAUGGCUUGGGCUAGUAGUAUAUUGCAACGACGAAGACAAAGACAGGAAGCAGCAGCAUUGGCAGCGGGUGAAGUAGCAUAUGUUGAAAUGUUCAAAACAGAAAUGAUACCCAAUAUUUACCCGACCUUGUGAUCGACCAGACUUUAAAAUACUUGCGUAGAAGUAUUAUUAUUAGUAUUAUUAUUAUUAUUAUUAUUAUUAUUAUUAUUAUGAACCAUAUUCCAUUUCAUAAAAAGAGACUUUACAAGAAGUUGUUGAGGAGCCGAGCAACAAGCUGAGCACACAUACUCUUUUGAAUACAAAAAGCUAGUCUAUGAAAAAUUAUUUAUUUUGGCAAAUAAAGAUGUUAUUAUUUGUUAGAAUAAACCAAAACAAAUAGCUGAAGGACCAACCCCCAGUGUACAUUGCGUCAGUAUAGAUUAUAGAACCACGGCAUACCUUCCAGAAAGGAUUUCCCAGCUCACUGUUCAUAUGCACCACAAGGAGGGCCUACAGACAAUAAUUGGAACUAUACAAUCACUGAAAAAAAUAAAAAACCAAAAUUGAUGCUUAGCAAUACAUGCUUAAGCAAAUACAUCAUACUGUACAUAUAACCAGAUGUAAAUCCUAUUAUCUACUGACUCAGGGUAAAUGUUGUAUAAUCUGUUCCCGCAUAUCACAUCUCACAAUGUUACUGACAUAUGCUGGAGAUCGAACAAAAUCCUCUCAAACAGCUUCAUUUCUAGACCUCUAGAUGUGAUAAAUGAGUAAAGCAUAGAUAGCACACGUAUUUCUUUGAAGUUGACUACCCUUGAGCUUCCUGAAAUCCAUCUGUUCAAUAUGUUUAGAUCGGAAUCCCAUCCAUUUCCUCACCUCUUGUAGACGCCGAUGGCUGAAAUCACAUUCAAAAAAAUAAAAUGAUUUCACACAUAGGACAAAGAUCAUUGUUGUAACAC